AUGGCGGCCGCCGGUCAAGACGCUGGCAGUGUGGACUCAGGAGAUCAUGUCGAGAUGAGUUUGGGUGCUGGCCUGCGGCAAAGGUGGCAUCCAGAGGAUACCAUGCUGGGCCUGCCUGCUCGCCGCUUCAACGAGGCUGGGCUGUGUUCGGCCCCCAGCCUUUGCCUGGAGGAAGACGCGGAGGAUAGCACUACGGAUGGGAAUGCCGAUGACGUCGGCCGCGCUCUCGAUGACGACCUUUUGGACAGCGCCUCGCCCCUGUCUGCAGGAGCCGAGCCGUCGACGGAGCCCAAGUUUAUGCUCCCUGACGAAGAGGUGCAGCUGGAUCAAGAGGUGCAGGUGCCGUCUCAGCCCAGCCGCUUCGCCUUGGGCGCCCUGGUCAUCUGCUGCAUCGCCUCCGGCUGUGCCUGCCAGGCGCCGUACGAAGUGCUCAACUCGCAGGACAAGGGCUGCGCUCAUCUGAUAAGCCUUGCGGAGCACGUCUUCGGCAUCCUGGUGACUCUUCGCUGCGCCUUCCGUCCACGACAGCUGCCGCUGAGUGCGCACCUGACUCUGGCAGCAGGCAGCAUCGGCUACACCCAGCUGCAGAACGCUGCGCUUGGGACGAAGCUUCCCACACUGGUUCUCAUCACCAUCAAGAACGGCAACCUUGCUGCGAACAUCUUCCUCGGCAAAGUGGUCAUGAAGAAACAGUACGGGCUACAGCAGCUGGCAGCAGUCCUCCUCCUUUCUUCUGGGCUCCUCUUGCUCUCCUUUGUUGGAGCCGGAGCACAUGACAACGGCCCUGGCGAUAGCAACCUCGGGAGCUGCCUCCUAGGAAUGCUUCUUCUCGCGGGAGGUUUGUUGAGCCGCGCUGCUGGUGCAUUGGCACAGGAGCACUGGGCCAAAACCCACGCCAUACCUGUGGAGGAGCUGCUCUUCUUUCGGAGCCUUUUCGGCCUCCCGGCGGUGCUCAUGCACGCCGGGCCUGUGGUGGCCCAUGGCGCAAGGUGGGUCUCAGGCACCUACACGUUUUCCUGGCCUGGGCCAUGGGUCCUCCUUUCCCUCAACACGGCCACCUUCUCAGGAGAGGAAGUCUUUCGUGGCCGCCUUGAGUUGUGGACCAAAAAAUUCAGCUCUGAAGUCAUGGACUACGGCUGCAGGGUGUGCAUCGGCCACAUCAUCGAGAGGACCUCUGCUCUCACAGCAAAUCUCAUCCUCACCUUCCAGCGGUUUAUUUCCUUCGUCUUGUCCGCCGCGUUCUUCGCUGAAGAGGAACCGGGCCGGUGGCAUUGGCUGGGCGCUGUUGCGGUGCUCGCAGGAACACUGCUCUACGCUGCGGCGCCCGCUUGCCCGGUCGUGUCUCUGAAGGAGAGGCGUGACUAG